UCUUUUUUACUGUGUUUCUUUCUUUAAAUCGGGACAUGAUAGUGUGUCUAAUCGUGUCUUGUAGACUGUAGGGUUUGUGAUUUUACCAACUAGGUGUUGGACAAGUAUUUGGUUGCCUGUUUCUUCAAAGUACUUAUCCGGGAUCUUUUCUUUCUUCAGUCCUGGAGUUAAAACAAAAGUUCUUCUUGAUAUCCUGAUGUCAUGUCUUGUCUUUAAAUAUCCCAGACAUGAAGCGCCACACACACAAUGACAGCUCUCAGAUGAAAGAAGCCCUCCAGCAUGAUACACAGCAAAAUCCUCAAAAGGAGAAAGAAAAGCAUGAAAAAGAACAGCACAGCAAUGAUAGCACAAAUCAAGACAGCUUCUUGCCAUCCUCUUCAAGAAUUUGCAGUGCAGAGAAUGUAAAAGACGGACAAGCAGACGGACAACAGAAGGAACGGACUUCAUCUUGCUGUCAGCUGAAGGAUAUGGGGCGACUUCAACAUGGAGACAUGAAGCUGGGUCCCCUAAGAUUCGACAAGAGACACACAGUCCUCAUAGAUGUGGAUACUUUCAACUCUCAACGGAUAUUUGUAUCUCAGAAAGGGAGAGAUCUAUGGCACAGCGACUUUGUGAAGAUGCCUUGUUCACAGGUAGCACAUCAGAAGUCAAGGUGGGAUGUGAUAUCCAAAAAGCUGAAAUCUCUGGCCAGUAAGAAAACAGCCAGUGUCAAAGAUGUAGAGGAAGCUAUCAUCAAGUAUAACCCCAAAUAUAAAGAUCAGUGGUCAUUUGAUGCCCUCCACACAUUGGAUAAGAUUACCCCAUAUACAGAAAACUACUACAAGACACUGUUUCCAAAGAUUGCUGCAUUGGCCUUGAAGCUCCCUAAAUUUGUGAAUAAGGCUAUCCCGCUUCUACGAAAGGGACAGAGUGCAGCCAUCACAUUGUCUCAGGUUCAGAUAUCCUGCCUACUUGCCAAUGCUUUUUUUUGCACCUUCCCUCACCGUAACACCUCCAGUCCCAACGCAGAGUACUCUGGUUACCCCAGCAUCAACUUCAACAGUCUAUUUGGAAACUGGUCACGGAGGAAGGGAGAAAAGUUGAGGGCCAUCAUGCAUUAUUUUAAAGAAGUUACAGAUGAAAGUACCCAACCUAAAGGACUGGUGACAUUUGAGAGGGAGUGCCUCAGCUACACGGACAUGCCCACAUGGGAAAGCUGUAAGGCGAAUCUGUCUAAACUUCAUAUAACCUCAGAAGGUCAGAUUGAGCUUGAAGGUAAAGGCAUGCUUCAGGUAGACUUCGCUAACAGCUUGAUAGGUGGAGGUGUGCUGGGCUCUGGUCUGUUGCAGGAGGAGAUCCUGUUCGUUAUAAAUCCAGAACUGAUUGUAGCUCGCCUCUUCACAGAGAAACUUGAAGACAAUGAGUGUCUGAUCAUUACAGGCUCACAGCAGUUCAGCUCCUAUUUAGGUUUUGGAGACUCCUUUGAGUGGGCAGGUCCUUAUGAAGAUCAGUCUGAAAGGGAUGAAUGGGCUCGGCGUAAGACAAAGAUCCUGGCCAUUGAUGCUAUGAACUUCAGACACAGCGUGGAUCAGUACAGAAUGAGACAUAUUACCCGAGAACUGAACAAGGCUUACUGUGGAUUUAAAGGGUACGAUGGGCAUGAAAACCCAGAUAUCGCUACGGGAAAAUGGGGCUGUGGCGCCUUUAAUGGAGACCCACAACUCAAAGCUCUGAUCCAGCUGAUGGCAGCAGCAAAGGCUAAGAGGGGUUUGGCUUUCUUCACCUUUGGGGAUGAAAAUCUGAAGCAACACCUACAGCGCAUAUAUGAGUUGAUGUUCGCAGAAGGGAUUACAGUAGGGACACUGUACAAACUUCUGCGUGACUUUAGCUCUGCCAAGCACUGUGAUUCACAUGUGGAUCUGUUUGACUUCAUCGAAAAAAACAGAAACUCCAAGAGUCAUCUGUAAAGAAUCUAUAUCCACAUUUGCACUAAAAUCUUGGAGGGUAGUUUUUAUAACAGAAGAAAAUACUGAGCUACUUAAUCAUUUUGAGAAGACAAUUAUUUUGAAGUGCUUUGUUUACAUGAUAAUUAACUAUACAGUAGCAGCCAGGAACAAAAUAAACAUCCAAAUAGCAUAAUUUGGGUGUGUGCUUUGAGAGUUAGCACAGUGGUCUAAUCUGCUUUAUGCUAAAAUUUACAUUUGAGGUCUGAGGUUUGAGGUCAUUGCCAUACACCAGUUGUGGUCAGAAAACAUUCUGAAGACAUAAUUCUUGAAAUUUCUUGUAAUUCUGCAAUCUCAUUAAAUUACUUAUAUGACAAUU